GCAGCACUGAUAGUCACCACCAGCAACAAAAACAAAAAUCUCAAGCACAAGACAAAUUUUUGUGAACUGCUACAUAAAAAAAACGUAAAAAAGAAGACUGUUCUCUCGAAAUAUUGAUAGAUCAACAAAUAUUAAAGUGAGCAACCCAAAAGCAUAAUGUCAGUACGAGACUUCAUCAAGGGUCUGCCCAUUCACGAUUCGAGCAAUUUCACCCAUUUGAGCAACGAGCAUGGGAUUCGAACGUCGCAGAAGCGUGCCUCCGUCUACCUGCCCACCGAGGAUGAGCAUUCAGAGCAGCUGAUCGUGAUGGACAAGCGAUGUGUCCUGCUGCGCUACCUCACUCAGCAGUGGGACAAGAAGACGCUUCAGCGGAAGAGGGAGCACGGUGGCGAGUCGGGAAAUGGCAACGGCAACAGCUCCACGCCCAACGGCAACGGCACCAACAGCAAAAAGCGCCCGCGCUUGGACCCCAACGAGCUGAACUGAGCUGAGCGGCAGGACCUUAAGCCAAGCACACGAUGGAUAUCCCGCGCAGCACUACGAACCCGAGCGAACCCACAGCAGCCACCCUUCAUUUACAGUCAUACAUAUAUAUUAAAUUAAAUAUACUAAGUACAAAGGAGUUGCAGUCGAAAGGUCCUUUCAAAGUUUUGUAUCACGCUGGUCAUUAGUCGAAAGCCCCAGUAUUUCUUAAGAUUUCAGUUGUACCCAAAUUAACACAGCUAAAUACUGUUUUUGUGACCAACUUACUUCCUUUUGCAUGGAAAAACCAACAUUCGUAUAAAAUGUCGAGUACAAAAUUUUGUAAACUUUGUUACUGCUAGUUCAUGUAUCACGGUAUUUUUUUCAAUUCUUUGCACUCACCUUAGGCAAAUAUACUUCUCAAAAAGUUUUUAAUUUAAA